AGUCGGCUAUAAAGGCAGCUACCAAGGUUCUAAACACGUCACAGGCUGUAAAAUCUAAUACUGGUGUUGCAAAUAAGUUGACAGGAAAUUCAGUACCAACGAAGACAAGGGUACCAUUCACCAGUCGGUGGUCAUCUGCAGGAGUUUCAACGGUAGUGUUAGGACUUCUUGCUGUCCCUGUUAUAGUGCUGACAACACUGACCCUCAUCAUACGAGCAAGGCGGAGCGUGCUUGGCAUUAAAGGGAAACAUGAAAAUGGCUUGAAUCUAGGCUCUCUGCUCAAUAAACAUCACGGCUUUGAAAAGGUUGCAACGGAAGACCUGGAUCAUGAUGCUCCAGACUCGGAUGAUUCAGAUAUAGAAGAAUUUUCACAAGUUGCAACAAGAGCAUGA